CCCCGGAAAUCGCAGGCUUAGCAUAAUCGCAAUCGCAUCGUCAACCCACCAUCCUCUUGCUCUUGACCUCGCUUUCUCCCACGCCUCAAUCGCAGCUCCAAGUCUUCGUCAGUGGUGUAAGCUGGUCGCAUCUUUGGUGAGCCAUAAAUACACUCAUUGACUGUUUGAGAGCUGCGCCAACUUCGUCAUGGCUCCGCGAGGAUUUACUCUUCCUCCGGCAAACACCCAGUCUGCGAAACAAGCGCGGAGUGCCUUUUUCUGUUCACUAUGCCAAAAAGGUUACAGUCGCAUGAACGAGUUCGAAGCUCAUGAAUCAUCCUACGAUCACCAACACAAGAAGAGAUUAAAGGAAAUGAAAGAGAUGCAGAGACAGGUGCAACCCAAAAAGGAAGAGAAGGGACCAUUAAUGCAGAUAAAACUGGGCAGUGCCAACAAAACCAUUGCCACAGGAGGUGGGGGAUUCAAGAAAGGAGGAUUCAAGAACGCUUUUGCUCCUGCAAAUGAUGAUGAUACUCAUAUGAAUACUGAGAAUAAGACCAAUGACACCGACGAGGCUCAAAACCCCACCAUGGACGAUGAGGACAGCGACGUUACAGAUGUUGAAGACUACUAUGAUCCACGAAGACCAACAGGUUGCAUACCAGAAUGUCGGAGCCGUCUAGCUGCAGGAUCUUGAUGAAUUUUGUCAGAGGAUGGCCCUUGCCCAAGUAUCACCACCUCGGCGAUCAUUUCAAGCAGCCCAACGCCUUUACGCCUUAUAUUGGGCAGCCAUCCAUGACGAUUUAGUGCUUAAGAUCUUUUAGGCCCGAUAUGUGGCUGCAAAUACCCGAGAAACCAACACAGAAGAACGGCCCGGCUGAAAGCUCAAGAAUUACGAAACGGUCAGGGAAUCUGGUGCUUAACAAUAGUUGUACCAGGCCUAUCAAGGUUCCAGCCUGAACCGCCAACCGACGACAAACGCAAUGAAGCUGGCCCACAAGAUCGAUAUCACUGAAUGGAUCAACGCCUCUUACUACAGAUUGUGCAAAUCAAUCAGAGGAUCAAAUAAUGUAGCUCGAGUCACGGAUAUCCCGUACCUUCAACCACGUGUAUGGUGUGCUAAGGUCUCAAGCUAACGGGAUCCGAUAUUUACUGUACAUUAGACACAGGACAACAUGAGUCAUUCUCAUGCCAGUAUCAAAUGUAGUUCUAUAGAAUAGACGAUGCAUCAUACUCCG